GGAAAGUUUUAUCUGGUUAUUGAGGAGCUGAGCCAGCUGUUCCGCUCCCUUGUCCCCAUCCAGCUGUGGUAUAAAUACAUCAUGGGAGAUGAUCCAUCCAGCAGCUACUUCCUAGGUGGGAUCCUGAUCAUCCUGUAUAGUCUCUGCAAGUCUUUUGACAUCUGUGGUCGUGUGGGAAGUGUCCGGAAGGCACUGAAGGUCCUUUGCACCCCACAGACCUAUGGAGUUCGUGCUACCAGUCAGCAGUGCAGUGAGGCAGGUGACAUCUGUGCCAUUUGCCAAGCAGAAUUCAGGGAACCUUUGAUCCUUAUGUGCCAGCACGUGUUUUGUGAAGAAUGCCUCUGCCUCUGGUUCGACAGGGAGAAGACCUGUCCUCUUUGUCGUUCUGUCACAGUAGAAACCCUGCGUUGCUGGAAAGAUGGCACCACCUCUGCUCAUUUCCAGGUGUAUUAA